UCUCUCUCUCUCUCUCUCUCUCUCUCUCUCUCUCUCUCAUGCAGGCAGCAAAUGCAGGGUCGUCAGGUAGUGUUGGUCCCAGGGGCAGAUCACACAGGGACAGCAACACAGGUGGUGGUGGAGAGGCACCUGUGGAACAUCCAGGGGAAGACCAAACACGACUUUGACAGACAGAAGUUUGUUGAUGAAGUGUGGAAGAGGAGAAAGGAACAAUGAUAUUCGACCCUCUGUGGCAUCUGGGGGCUUCACUUGACUGGGACAGCUGUGUUUACCAUGGAUGCAGUGAGAGACUGGCCUGUGUGUUUGUCUGUUCAUCCGUAAGCAUACCUGUCCUUGUAACCUCUGACAUGCACACACGUGCGCACAAACAAGAAACUUCACCAAAACAUUUCCUCGCAGUGACAGAAGCAUUUGUCCGUCUGUACAAUGCUGGGCUGGUGUACCGCAUUGAGGCUCUCGUCAACUGGUGCUGCAGCCUUCAGUCGGCCAUCUCGGACAUUGAAGUGGACCACCUGCACCUGACAGGACCCAUGGAGCUCGCAGUCCCGGGCUACAGCAAACCGGUCAGCUUCAGAAAGAUGUAGGACUUCGCUUACAGACUGGCAGACUCAGAGGAGGAGGAGGAGGUCAUCGUCAGCACCGCACGUCUUGAGACAACGCUUGGGGACACUGCCGUCACGGUGCACCCUGAAGACCCCUGCUACACCCACUUGCACGCCCAACGCCUGCUUCACCCACUGCGGCUGGAGACCAUACCUGUGAUUACUGACACUGUGGUGGACCCUGAGUUUCGAAACAGGUGCUGUAAAGGUCACGCCAGGUCACAGCCACGAGGACAGUCAGGUCAGGGAGAGAUACAGCAUUCCAUUCCUCUCCAUUCUUGACAGCAGUGGAAAGGGUUUGCUGAAGUUUGAGGCGUGGGGGGGCAGUGCCGUCGGCCCUGUCGUCACUGGGGCUGUACAGAGGGUGCCACGCCCACCCCAUGAUGGUGCCUCGCUGCAGCAGGACGCAGGAUGUCAUCGAGCCCGUGCUGAGGCCCCAGUGGUUCGUUUGGUGCAAGGAGUUGGCACAGGAGGCGUCCGAGGCUGUGCAGAGCAGCCGUCUGAACCUGGUGCCACAGCUGCACAGGAGGGCAUGGCAUAGCUGGCUGGACAACAUCACACACUGGUGUGUCUCCCAGCAGCUCUGGUAGGGCCACAGAAUGCCAGUGUACCACAUCACUGCAGCAGACGGUUGGGAGGUGUGGGUGGCGGCUGCUCAGAGGAGGAUGCAAGGCGGAAGGCUGUGGAGAAGGAAGGCACACCCUUGGCCUCCAUGUCCACCCAGCAGGAGGAAGAUGUUCUGGACACCUGGUUCUCCUCUGGCCUCUCCCUUUGCCUCGCUGGGCUGGCCGGGUCAGGGGAAGGGAGAGACCAUGCCUGACCUUGCUCGCUUCUACCCAACGACCUUGAAGACGGGUCACGACAUACUCUUCUGGGUGGCUCAGGUGGUCAUGCUGGGACUCAACUUGACGGGGAGGCUUUCCUUUCAGACUGUGCUGCUGCAUGGCCUCCUGGGUGAUGGUGGCAGCCACAAGAUGUCCAAGUCCUGGGGCAGUGUGAUAGACCCCCUGGAUGUCAUCAGUGGGGGCGUCCCUGGAGGUACUGUGCGAGAAGGUGGAGGGGAGCCUGAAUACAGAAGAGGUACUCACUGGCCUCAGGUUGAACUCCCCCACAGGCAUCCCAGAGUGUGGAGCUGAUGCCCUUCGGUUCACCCUGUGCUCCACCAGCUUCAAGAGUCACUGUGGCAUAGAUAGAUGAACAUGUAUGACUGUGAACUGUCACCCAAAACAUGGAGUGCUGGAGGGUGUGUUCUGCAUUGGCAGCUGGCACGAGCGGUGACAGGCAAGGCAUGUGAGCUGCACACCCCGUCCUGCAGCCUCAAGGCACUCGGCUCUCCUUUCCCAGUCAUGGGUGCCUUGCCUCCUCGCACCACCACCACAUGCACCACCACCACCACCACCACUGCUGCCAUCACCUACAAGGGAGAGACACUGUGAUGUGGCUGCAGGUGCAUAGGUUUGGAGGCCUCCAGAGAGCUGCCCAGAGUGAAGCUUGUGGUAUAGAGGGACAGCUGCUAAUCAUCAAGCUUACGGAGUGACUGGAGGAAAGUGGGAGGAGCCUGGAGGGAGUGGUGGAGGUAGAGUACUUGGAGAAAAUCCCUUCACCAUGAUGACUGGGUGUCUGCUUUACAGGCCACCGACCAAUGGAAUUGCUGCCUGAGGUGUGUGUGUGUGUGUGUGUGUGCCAUCCACAGCAGGUGAUGAUGAUGGUUCCUGCUUUCAUCCUCAUUGGGGCUAGCCAGACCAACCUGGGGCUGUACUCUGGGCUGAUGCUGUAUGCCACAGGCUUUCUUCUCACAUGCUCUGGUCUCUUUGUUCUCUCGCCGCGACACGGUAACAAGACAAUAUGAAAACAAACCCUUGGUCGUCAGUGUCUUCAUGGUGAGACGAGAAAGUGCUUUGCCACGACGACACAAGGGUGAGA